CUUGAUUCAAACUGACGCGGCAUUCCUUUUUAUUUUCAAUCACUGAGUCAUAAUUUGUUAUUUUUUUUUCGAAACUUCCAAUCUAUUAUGAGGGGCCUUCAUUCUUUCUAAAAUUCCGUAGACGUAAAUUGAGGGAUUUCGCAUCCUUUCCAACAAUUAAAUAUUCCUUUUAAUUGAUAUCAUUCAAGCCGUUCCUUCCUUACAACACCCUUUCAAAAUUCGGUCCAUCAUCUUCAUUCAUCCCCUCCGUAAACCUUCAAGUGUGCUGAAAAAAAAAAAAACGCAGCCGAUCACCGGCUCGAAACUAUCUCGUCGGUCCAUCUCGCUUGUAAUUCGUUGGAGUUGUAACAAAUCUGUUAAGCACCACCACGACGUUGAUCGACUUUAUGGUUCUGUCAGCCGCUCCCGCUCAUACCGACAGCCAAUAAACUCUGAGCUCCGUCACGCACUCGCAUUGUUCGUUCGUCGUCAAGCCGCAACCCAUUUUUUUUUCGUAUCUCGCUUGGCGACCAAGGUCACCAUAUUAUUCAAGAGAGGCGCUAGUGUCACAUUAGUUGGAAGCUACGGUUACUGUUAUUUGCAAAUUAAGAUGCCUCCUCGUCGUGAGACACGCAACUCUGGUCGUCGUAAUGGUGGUAGACCAAAUGAGCCUGAUCCAAAUAUCGUAGCUGCUAUCACUCAGGCCUUUACUGCUAUGUUGCCUGCACUUGUUCAGGCCGUACGUGGUCCUGAUCCGAAUCCUAAUCCAAACCCUAACCCCAAUCCUAAUCCAAACCCUAACCCCAAUCCUAAUCCAAACCCUAACCCCAAUCCAAAUCCAAAUCCAAAUCCGAACCCUAAUCCAAACCCAAACCCAAACGGUGUAAUUGGGGAUUGGCUAGAUAAGUUCAUAAAACAGAAACCGAGAUCUUUCACAAAGGCAACCACUCCAAUUGUAGCAAGGGAUUGGAUUGCUCAUAUCGAGAAAAUAUUUCGGGCGUUAGGAGUUGGUGAUGAAUUUAAAUCAAGGUUAGCAUCGUAUAAACUCGAAGAAGAUGCGCAAACUUGGUGGGAAGGUGUAUUGGAGGAAAGAGGAGGAGACCCAUUUGUGGAGAAUUUACCUUGGGCAGAUUUUCGUACUAUUUUCUUUGAGAAAUAUUUUAACAGCGUGGAUAAGAGUUCUUACACACGAGAGUAUCACAAUAUCCGUCAGAGGAAUGACGAACCACUUUCUGACUUCACUGAUCGGUUUUAUCGACUAGUUGGAUUUCUCGGGUCAGCUGCUGGAACACCAGAGGAACAAGCAGAAAAAUAUCAAUGGGCAGUUUGUGAUCGAAUUCGUAGAGCAAUCAUCCAGUCAACGUUCCCCACUGUUGCAGAGGCCGCUAAGGCUGCCAAAAAGGUUGAUAUGGAGAACAAAGAAUUUUUGGGUGGUUCGAAUAAUAAUAGGAAGAGAAAUAGAGACGAAUACCGCACUCCGUUCACUAGUGAGUCGUCUCAAGCACCUACUCGAAAUAAUCAAAACAAUAUGGGGAAUAGGUCAUCGGGAAGGAAUAAUAGACCAUGGCAGGGAAGGAGCCAAAAUCAGGGUCAGACCAAACCCUACCAGCCACCAACCCAAGCUCAACCCGUAAACCAGAAAGGUAACCAGAACCCUACCCAGUCUCCAGUGUGUAACCAUUGCAACAAGCGUCACCCAGGCAUCUGUCGUCGACUUACUGGGGCUUGCCUUAAGUGUGGAGAUAUGGGGCAUAAGAUUAAUGAAUGCCCAAAGGCUGGUAACCGACCAACUGAUACCACUAGGGGAGCUGCUGUGCCACCUACUACGGGAGGGCGUGUUUUCUCAUUGACUGCAGGGGAAGCUGCUAAUGCUCCAGGUCACCAUAUUAUUCAAGAGAGGCGCUAGUGUCACAUUAGUUGGAAGCUACGGUUACUGUUAUUUGCAAAUUAAGGUACUCAGGGAAAGCGGGGAAACGUGUGAAGAGUGAUAAAAAAAAGCUAGAGUUGGAACAAGGAGUUCAAUAAAACUUUAUAUUCAAUAAAUUUAGACACUUAUGUUUUUCUGUUGAGACCGUUAUGCCAUUUUGGGGAUUUUUGUUUUUAAACCUAUGGAAUUUAUUUUUUAACUAAGUUAUUAAUUGUCUCUGAUUACCGA